GAGCACCGAAAAUUCAAUUCAAACAAGACUCCUCCUCCUCCUCCUCCGCCGAGGCUUGACGAGCAGAGAGGAGCGCCAAGAACCAUAUAAAAACCCUCUCUCUCUCUCUCUCUCUCUCUUUCUUUCUUGGCCUGUUCCGUCUUUGUCAGUUGUCACUCUCUCUUUCUCUCUCUCUUUCGCUUUCUCCCUUGCUUCGUAACGAAGCCAAUCCGUGCCCUACCAGAAGAAGAAGAAGAAGAAGGAGAAGGAGGAGGAUCGGCGACCGAAGUCCCGAGACAUUUUCCCUCUACCGUUUGGCGCUCCUCAGUCGUUUGCUCGAUCGCGAUCCCAGCCCCCGCCCCCCCGCCGCAGCAAUCGGUCAUGCCGCCGCCGCCGCCGCCGGCGAUUGACCUCCGGUCAGUGCCGAACCCUCAGCCCGAGCGCCCGCCGUCCGGCCUGCCCGCGGCGGCUGCGGCGGUGGCGGAGGGUCCUGUGAGCUUCGGAGGCGGCGGGGGAUUCGGGCCGCGGAGAGGGCCGGGGCGGCAGAGGCCGAGGCUCGUGAAGGUGAGGAGGCGCUCGGAGGGGAGGCCGGCGGCCGUGUCGGGGGAUGAGGUUGGUUCCGUUCGUAAUCCGUUUCGUGCGGAGUCUGAUGUCGAGUGCCGAGUGAAGUACGGGAGCGUUGAGGAUACGUGUUCGGAGAGUGCUGGGUUUAGAAAUGGGGAUGAUGCGACGGGGCAGGCGGGUAAGUGCUCCUUCGAGGAUGUUGGUUUUGUAUUUGGUGCUCUUCGGAGAAACUCCCCGCUCGAUGUGAACUUUUCAGCGAAUGGCACCACUGAAUAUGUUGGUGAACCGGCUUUAGAUGAUAAUGAUGCGAAGGGCGGUAGGAAGUUUGAGAGCGCGGGCUUUGUGUUUGGUGCCCAGCAGAGAGAUUUGGAACCGAACUUGGGGUGGGAAAAUGGAAAUUCUGGCAGAGACACUCGAAAGUCGGUUUCUGGAAAUGGAGCCGAAGGGAGAGCAGAUUCUGCGCUGUUGUCUGGAAAUGCAGGAUUUUCUUCUGUUGAUAAUGAAUGCGACCGUGAAUCAGUUUCUGAAAGGGAACAAUCCUCUGACAAUGUAAGACAAGCUAAUUGUGCUGAUGGAAAAGCCUCCAGGAGUGAUGAUAAUGCAUUUUUUGUGUUUGGCACUGAUCCUGGCCAGUCAACAUCAUUGCCGAGGUUGGAGAAGGGAAACGCGAGGAAAGAGCCUGAGCUUAGGGAAAAUGGGGACCCAGGCUUUGUUUUUGGCUCCAGUUGGUUUGGUCUGGGAUUGAACCUGAAUACCAAAACAAACGAAUCCAGGGAAUAUCUUGAAAAUCUGGGACUCAAUGAUAAUGGUCGUUUUGAAUUAGGGACUGAAGUAGAGCCCCAGAGGAUGGAACCCACUGAAGCUCUAUCCAAUGAGGGUCAUGGGAAUGGCUUCUUUGUAUUCAAAGGUAAUACUGAAAAAAUUUCUAGUGAAUGUAAAAGACAGGAAAAGAGUAGCAGUGCAGAGAUGAAAAUUAAUAGUGACGAUUUAGGAAAUAGGAGCAGUGAUCCAGAUGAACAAAUUGUCAACUUGGGCUCCAAUAACAUGGAUAAUAACCAGUCGUCAUCUACUUGUGGUGCUGGUGCAGCUGGUGGCAGUAGUACAUCAGAUCUCCAGCAAAGUAUGCAGAAUUUAAGCAUUGAUGAUGGACGACAUAUAGGUGGCGCUAACAAUGGGAAUAAUAGCACUGAUUCUGAAGCUGCAUUUGUUUUCAGAAGUGGUCCAUGUGUUUCUAACUCUUUCCAUGGCAAUUUGGCAACUCUCAUGGGUCAGACCAAAAAUCCAAAUUUUCAUGGGUUUUCUGAUCCUGCAGAGAGUGGGAGUAGUUUCACGAAGUUUGAAGAGGCUCAGUUCAUAUUUAAAAAAAAUACAAAUAUUGCCAGUGAGUCUACUGGAAUUUCUAGCCACAAGCCAUAUAUAUUUCAAGCCAGUACUAUUGAGAGUUCUGAUAUGGCUCAGUGCUCCGCUAAUCCGGUGAAUGAUAAUGCCCUUCCGGAGACUUUAGACGAUAAAGAAAGGUUUAGCUUCAUGAACACUUUGGAUGGUUCAGGGGCAUCUAAUGGAGAUUUUAGGGUUCCUGAGUGGGAUCCUUCAUCCUUCAAAGCAAAUUUGUGUGAAGAUUUGAAAAUUGAAUUCAAUGAAAAGAGUAGAUCAACAAAGUAUAAAAAGUAUAAGAAGAAUGCAAAAUCGAGGCAACCUUCUAAAGGAAACCUAACUACUGAAGAGCAUCAUGGGCUGGCUGAAAGCAAUUACCAAGAAAUGACGCAAGCUUCUGAUUGCUAUUCGCCCAUGGAUUUUUCCCCUUAUCAAGAAGCUGUAGCAAAUGAGCAGUGUUCCAGGCAGAGUUCUUCGGUGACAGUGGAUGAGUCUGUUGCCUUCAGUAAAGAAAAUGCAGCAUUGGGAUCAAGCUCAACAAUGCCCACUACCGAUGGACAUAUGGGUAGUUCAAUGGAAAGAUUGGUGAGUGAUGAAGGUAAUACGAAGUCUGGUGAGACUGUUUCAGGAGCUGAAGCUACUCACUUCAAGUCCAGCACUGAUCAUCCCUGUAGCACCUUUGGAGCUGCUGUUGCUUCAGCAGAAGAUGGAAGUGUUUUCUUAAAAGCUGAGAAUCAGGCUACUGAUUAUAUGAAGCAGUCUGUGUUUGCUUCUAAUCUGGAUGAAGUAGAUCAUAAAAAUUUUGCCUUCUCUUCAUCAUCCUCUGCUCAGACUGGUUUACUGGGCAAAAAGCGGCUGCACAAAAAGAAAAGUGGAGCAAAAAGUGAGAAUUGUCCUUUUGUUAUACCUCCAUGUCCAGGUGCCGGGGAUGGAUCCUUCUCUUUUCAGCUUCCAAACUCUUCUGGUACUUCUUUCCCUUCAGACACAAAGCAAGGGCAGGAAGGAGGACAUAGACAAUUUCCAGAGAAAGAGCAGAACGUAUCGAAUUCAAACGAGAAUGUUAUCCAAGAAGCCUGUGAAAAGUGGCGAAUCAGGGGAAAUCAAGCUUAUAAAAAUGGGAAAUUUUCCAGAGCAGAAGAGUAUUACACGAAAGGUGUAAACUCAGUUCCUUCUGGUGAAGAAUCAGGAUGCUGCCUUAAGCCUCUUUUAUUGUGCUACAGCAACCGUGCAGCUACUCGGAUGUCUCUUGGAAGAAUUAGGGAAGCUAUUGGAGAUUGCAUCGCUGCUGCUACAAUAGAUCCUAACUUCCUCAAAGUUCAAAUAAGAGCUGCAAACUGUCAUCUGAUUCUAGGGGAAGUAGAAAAUGCCUUGAACUAUUUUAAUAAGUGCUUGGCAACCGGGGCUGACAUAUGUUUGGAUCGAAGGCUUGUGAUAGAAGCUGCGGAUGGCCUACAGAAGGCGCAGAAAGUGGCUGAAUGUAUAAGUCAUUCUACUAAAAGUUUGGAAGAGAAGACAUCUGAUGCAGCAGAAAGAGCUCUAGAAAUGCUUUCAGAGGCAUUAUCAAUCAGUAAAUUCUCAGAGAAACUGCUGGAAAUGAAAGCAGAAGCAUUGCAUAUGCUUCGGAAGUAUGAUGAUGUUGUGAAGUUGUGUGAGCAGUCUUUAAAGUUUGCUGAAAAGAACUUCAGUGCAUUAGGUGGGAACCUUUUGUCAGAGAUGGUUGAUUCUGACUGUGGAGGAAACUCAGCUGUUAGGCUUUGGAGGUUUUUCAUGAUGGCUAAGUCUUACUUUUGCCUGGGAAGGCUUGAGGAGGCUCUUGAGUUACUUGAGAAGAUUGAGCAAACUGAAUGUUAUGGUGACAGGAACCAGGAUAAGAUUCUGAAAUCAUCGGCUUCACUAUCUUCCACAAUUCGUAGGCUGCUAAAGUGCAAGAAUGCAGGAAACGAAGCCUUUCGAUCAAGAAGUUAUGCCGAGGCAAUAGAGCAUUACUCUAUUGCUCUGUCAAGCAAUAUUGAAUCACGACCUUUUGCAGCAAUCUGCUUUUGUAACCGAGCUGCCGCACAUCAAGCUAUGGGCCAAAUUGCUGAUGCCAUUGCAGAUUGCAGUCUAGCCAUUGCUCUCGAUGGACAUUAUGCAAAGGCAGUUUCUAGAAGAGCAACCUUACAUGAAUUGAUCAGAGACUAUAAACAAGCAGCUAGUGAUGUCCAGAGGUUUAUAUCCAUUGUUGAAAAUCAAUCUUAUCAAAAGACUAAAGCUUCUGGCACAGUGGCGGAGCCUGAUAGCAGAAACAAUGAAUUGAGGAAAGCUAAGAAACGCUGGUCCUUAAUAGAAGAGGAAGCAAAGAAAGGAACGCCAUUGGAUGUUUACCUCAUUUUGGGAGUCAAACAAUCCGAAACAGCAGCUGAUAUCAAGAAAGCAUAUCAUAAAGCAGCCCUAAGGCAUCAUCCAGACAAGGCUGGUCAGUUUUUGGCAAGAAGUGAGAGUGGCAAUGAGGGGCUGCUCUGGAAAGAAAUUGCAACAGAGGUUCAUGAUAGUGCAGAUCGUCUUUUUAAAAUAAUUGGAGAAGCAUAUGCAGUACUAUCAGACCCCUCAAAGCGAACAGAAUAUGAUCUGGAAGAGGAUAUAAGAAAAGCCCACAAAGAGAGCAGCGUAUACGGGGAUUACAGGAGCCCCUCACAUUUCCAAAGCUCUCCCUUUGAGAGAGGCUCCAGCAGGCGGAAUUGGCAGGAGAAUUGGAGGACACAUGGUUAUUCACGCCCCCGAUGGUAAGAAGCAUUUACCGUUGCUUUGGAAACUGGGCAGGAUAUCCUUGAGAGCAGCCAGCAAGAGUAAUCACACUCGAAGUUCCACCAAUGGUUGUUGGGGAGAUGGUGGAGGUGGUUGGGUCUGGAAACGAUUGAGCUAUGACUAGAGAUAAAUUUAUAGCAGAGAUGGAACUUGCCAGUCUAAGAUUGCCUGUCGUCUCUGCAGAUGUGAGAGAUGUCCACCAGAAGGUACACGGGGCACUGAAAGCCCGAAACUAGCCACUUGUCUUAUGCCCCAGCAAAAUAUACAUGUCCUAUCUUGAUUCUUUUCCUUAUAUAAUCAAAAGGUUGAUGCAGGAACGGAAGUACUCUGCAGUUGUCAUAUUUGCUUGGAUGGCCAAGCUAAUGCAGGGUCUGGUAAUUUUUUGGCUUCCAACCUGCAUCAUCUUCUUGUUUGGGCAAGAAGACCUGGUUUUGUAGUUUAGGAGUCCCGUGUCGGGGGCAUCUAUUGAUUAUUUGUACGCAUCUUCACCUUCAUGACCUGCUUUUCUUAUUUAUAAUUGAAAAGUCGUCUGUCUUACCGGAUUCUCCAGUA